AUGCUGGAUCCGGUCUUCGUUGAAGCCGGUCAAAUGCGGCCAGGCUCGUGGCCCAGCUUGGGGAAAGUGCACAAAUUCCAUGCUCGACCGACCAAUACCUUUGCCGUGGCAGAUGUCGAGCCCUUUCUUUGUUGCGCAGCAGCGGCACAGAUCCUAGGUAUGAGAGGGUUCGGUGGAUGGUCCUUUCUUGAAUCUCGAAUUCUUCAAGAACUCAAAAUUAUCCGGAGUCGUCAACAGCUUCCACUGGGGAGGCGUCUAGACUCUGAGGUUACGAUCGAUAUCGAUGCCUUCGCCAGAGGUCAUCCACCUCGCUGCCAACAUCCUACGACGAGUUUCUUUGAAGGUCGGUCCCCCACAGUCCCAUCAAGUCUCUUUGCUCUUCUUCCUGCAACCCUACUAAGUGCUCUUGCCUUCGGUUCUGUUCCAGCAGAUGAUGCUACAUUAUGCAUUGACCAUCGUCAAACGAUUGUCCUGAGUGGCUCACCGAUCCUUUAUUAG